AGGAUCAACGGCAACAACCACUAGCACGUUCGGUUUGGUGGCGUACGGUUGCCUCGUAGGUUGAAAUCAAAGUCGGUAAACCGGUCGUACUAAUAUCCCUGAACAACAAACUUCGCUUUCGUCAAGUGCGCUUACACGAGUGUUUUCUUUCGUCGGCUUGUUACACAUUUGCAAAGGAGCAGAUUUAAACAGGUUCACAUUCCCAGAUUAUAUGUUUCAUUUAAUUUUGUUUAUAUUAAAUCCUUUCUGUAUGUAUUAAAUAAAACGAUCGCUCAGUGAACAGACUAACUGUUUGAGAAACGAAUGAAGAACUUGAACUGCAGGAUUUAAACGUAUUCCAACAAAUAAACACUCGACUACCGUUGAUAUUCAAAGUAAAUGAUAAUGUGUUAAAAAACUGUUCGGAAGUGCUAACAGAAAAGCAAACAUAACAAAAUAACAAAAUUCUGUAAUACUAGACACACGUUUGCAUUGUCCAGAGAAUAUAAAACGUAAAGUUAAUAGUAGGAAAAGUGAAAUAUGGAAACCAAAAAAAAUGCUAAUGCAAAAGCACAAAGGUAAAUUUAAGUUAUUUGCAUAUGCCGGAAUAAUUAUACAGAUAUGCGGCGCAUUAAGUGAAUAAAAACAAAACCAUUUAACCAUGUGGCUAAAUUCCAUUAAAAGAAUUCACGCAAAACUGUGAAAAAUAGUGAAACGAUACUCUACUAUCGGAAUACGUCCGUUUCUGUAACACGUUAAUUGCGUGGGGGAGGGGCAAUUUCCCAGGAAAUACAAUAAUAUUCGUCUUCAUCAAAAAGCCAACAUAUCAUCGUCAACACCCGUCGCCACACUCGUCCUCAGUGUUGGUCGGUUCCGCACACAGGAAUACCAUCGUCUACUGUCCGGUUUGUCUAACAGCCUGUUUAGCCUCACACAGGGUUUUUAUCAUCUUACUCAUUUUUGGAACCGGACAGCAGACAAUCUGGACCGGUAUGCCAGUCGACACGUAAGGCGGCCAGAAUUAUUUGCCUUUUUAUUUCGACGCCACUGCGAGCAUCCGUAAAAUGACUGCAAAGAAGGAUAAGGACUACAAGAAUCAUAAACACGGCAGUGAGUUAAGUGCAACAGCAAUUUCAUCCAAGCUAGAUAACCACCUAGCAAGCCAAACCGGUACUACCGCACCAGGUCUGAUAGCGGCGCAGGAUCCUUUGAAACGCACCAACAAACCUCUCAUGGAGAAGCGACGUCGGGCACGCAUUAACCAGAGUUUGGCCAUCCUAAAGGCUCUCAUCCUCGAGUCGACGGUUAAAAACAAAUCGAGCGAUGGACAAACAAAGCACUCGAAGCUGGAAAAAGCGGACAUCUUGGAAUUGACCGUGCGUCACUUCCAGCGCCAUCGUAAUCUGGACAGUCCUGGUAUUGAUAAAUAUCGGGCGGGUUAUACCGACUGUGCCCGUGAGGUUGCUCGAUAUCUGGCGACACCGGAACCCCCACCAUUGCCAAGUGUUCCGACGCUUACCGAUGCUGGUUCCAAGGCACGUUUGUUGCGCCAUCUCGAUAAUUGCAUCGCGGAGAUCGACACAGAGAUAUGUCCAAAAGUGACUACCCCAAAUGGUAUACCCGUUACUUCUCCUGGAAGUAAUGGUGGAGGUGGUGCACAGGAUGGAAAGUCGCUGGUGGAUGAGGCAGGUACAGCAGUUGGUGUUAUGUCACCUUCAUAUGGUGUUAUAAAAACCAAAGACUUAAUGGUAGAUUAUGCCGCAACGGCAAGCAUUGCGCAGGAUUCCAAUCCGCUGGAUUACAGCAAAACUAAUCGAGAAAUUGGACGUUCGCCGUUCUCAUAUCGUGGAUCUCCAACCGACAUAGCUAUUUUGACACCUAAAUCAACCUCAUCGUUGCACCAAGACGAGAACAAUAACCGAGGCACAAGUGGUGGCUCCGUUGGCUUACAUACCACAAAAUCCACCAACCACCAUCAUCCACAGGCGGCCGUCUCAGUGGCAAAUCUGGAAGAUAUGAUACACGGCAGUGAAAUUGCUACCACCUCAGCGACCAGCAGUCACUCGCUCACACUCAACAAAAUGAUGCUUGGUCACCAUCAACACGCAAAGCUCUCGGUCGACAUGGCUAACCUUAAGAACUGUCGACUGGAUACGGGUACUAUUAAACACGAACCGGGAUCGUCUGCAGCACUGUUGGCAAAUGGGUAUUCUACGACAUCCUCGGCCGUUUCUUCGCCGACUCCUUCACCGGCCGGUGGAAACCUCGAAUCUGACAAGGAUGUCUCUAAUCACUCCGAUCACGGUGUCGUUGUUCCACAAACGACAGGUUACCCUUCGCAGGGUCAGGUGGCACUGCUACUUCCCGACCACUACAUCCAGCUAGCGACGGCUCUCGGACUUGGUAGCACACCACCGAUGCUAGAACACCCGGGAGCAGCAGCUGCUGCAGCUGCCGCCGCCGCCGCCGCUGUUUCCUUAUCAAGCACUGAUUUCGAAACAUUGAUCGAACAGAAUCGACGGCAAGCGGCUGUGCUUGCACACGAAAAAAUUACCGCCGAGAUGAUUGGUAGUUUACACGCACUACCGGAAAAUGUGGAUGAAAGUUACUGGAACCUAUACAAGAAAUCACUCGGCAUACCGGACUCAAUCAGUAAGCUAAGUCUAACCGAUGUCCGAGCAUUAAUGGCGAAAGGAACGCAUCCGAAGGUCGAAUGUGGACCAACGAUUGGCCCUACUACUUUUGCACCCGUUACAAAAAUGGAAAUCGAUGAUCACGUGCACCAUCCUGUGCAUCAUUCUAGAUCGGUAAAAACAGAACCACCGACCACAGCAUCGCCCGGACUGAUAGAACCGGAAGCUGAUGGACGUACUAGUGCUAAUGGAAGUCGGAGUCCACAUCUAAAGAAAGAAUUAUUAGACGGCGAUAUCGCUAUGGUUGCAGUGCAACCAGAAACUUCUCAUACUCCUUAUCUAGAGGAGCGCGAUCAUCGUAGUUUGAGUCCUCGUUCACUGGAAGAUCGAAGAUCGCCUACUAGCAGUAACGCCAGUGGUAGUAGUGAUCGGUGCAACAGUAACAGUGGCACAGUGGACGCUUUACACGCUCCAACAUGGCGCCCUUGGUAAGGGAGAAAUCAACAAAAAAUGUAAAUAAUUAUCAUAAAUGUGCAAUAACACUCUUACUUGGGUUCCAAUCUCUUGGUGAGAUGGUUCACACAACGCAGUAGUUAUGGAUAGCUUUGUGCCAAUGGGACAUUAAUCGUCGAACAGAUUUUGUUUCAAUAGCAGCACGACUGUGGACAUAUCUAGGAUUGUUCAAUCAAAGAAAGAUAUGUGUUUAUUAUUCAAAAACAAAAAUUCCAGCUUACCAAUAGCGCAGACACAUGUAGAAUCAAACAAAAGCCAUAGGGAAACUUUUUAAACUAUCUUGGCGACUCGUGGUGGCUUUAUAUGUGGAAAUAUUCUUGUAGACUAUUUCGUAAGCUAAAUCAAAGUAAACAAACCAAAAAUUGGUACAUAUACCUAGUUUUCUAGUGAGCGCCAAUCGCUUAUAGUCUAUCAUUGUGUACGGUAUAAUUGAAUGUGGAAUCUAUUUGUUCUACGUGAAUUAGUUUUUUUAGACUGUAAUUAUCAACCAACGGGUGACGUGAAAAUAGUAAAGUAAACAACGCAGUCGUAAAACAUAGUUCAUGCGCAAUAAAAAUCGUCGUAGAUUCUAGAAAAAAACGGAUCAUGAAGCCAACCACACAUGACCGAAUAAAUGCAAGAAAAUUGAAA